AUGGCGACCAAAGACAAGAAGAGCAAAAGCAAAGCUAAGGAUCCCCCGACCUCCCAAUCUGCAUCAUCGUCCUCGGCUUCAAGCAGCAGCAGCGCCAGCAGCGAGAGUGAGAGCGACAGCGACAGCCAGCAGCAGCCACGACCAGCCGCUGCGGCAGCUGUUGUAGGCACUCCUGUCGUUCCUUCGAGGUCAUCGUGAGUCCAUUCUCUAGCGGAACUACUCCUGCACCUCCCUAUUGUGCUGACUUUUGGCUCAUUCGCCCUCGCCAGCAAAUACACCCCCGCACCCGGCUACAAAGCACUGCGCUCAUCCGCUGUAUCGACCUCGGCCAUCCCACUCGACUAUGACAAACUAGCAUCCUCCUCUUCGGCAAAAAAUCAACAGAUCUGGCUGGUGCGACUACCCCGUGGCGUAGGUCCUUUCAGCCUCUUCUUUCCGGAAGGGUCAAGUUCUUCAGCUAAGCAGACCUCACGCGCUCCAGCUGAAACCGUCUGCAUUAGAUGGACAAACGCUGCAACUCCCAUCCGGAAGCGAUGCGACAUCCGACGAUUUUGUCUCGGACGAGCCUCUGGCACGUUUCACCAAGCACUCGGUGCCGUACUCGGUUCACCAAGUCCCAUCGUCUUCGUCGGCACCUUCUUCGGUCGGAAGUGAGAUGCACCACUUUGUUCCGAUUGUGCCCAGGGGCUCCAAGAACGGGAAACUAUACCAGGGUGAGCUUCUCUUCCGAGCGUCACACUCGAAUCAUUCCGCUGACGAAUCCUUCACCGUGCGCAGCUCCUCUCCCCGUCUCUCGACAGCUCUACAUCACUCGCUCGACCGAACCCACGCACCUCCCCUCCCUCACCCACCCUCACUCCGAAGCAAGCUCACAAGCCUCGUCCCUCAUCGCGUCGCAACCCUCCCCCGUCCCCGGUGCACUGCUCACCUCGUCCCAAUUGCUCCAACCUCCGACCUCGGACGAGAUUCAACGGCUCCUCAGUCGGAAACAACGCAUCGAACCCGAAGGGAUCGAAUUGAAGUACCGUCCCAUCCUCAGUGGGACAAGAGGGAUCGUAGGUGGGAAAGGAACGUACCAUUCGGCUGGGGUGCAUCUGAAGAAGCACUUGGUGCAUGAAGACGUCGAGAUGCAAAACGACGAGGAAGAAGCGGGGCAAGGUCACUUGGAAGCUCAUUUGCAGACGGCGACAACUCGAUUCGACAAGGACGAAGGUGUCGAGGUCAAGGAAGGGGGGAUGCCUGAUGUCGUCGAUCAAGGUCAGAUCGAGAGCAAGAAGAAGAGGAAAGGGGGUGAUGACGAUAGAAAGAAGAGCAAGAAGAAGAAGGCCUCGUCGGGCUGA